AUGGAAAUCGGCUUGGAGUUGUUGAAUCUUCGCUUUCACCGCCCUGGCUGUUACCGCCUUGCAGUGCUGGCUUGGGCCAACCUUUCCGGCGAACAGCACCGCAGGAACUUUGCGGCCUAUGUGAGCGGACUCUCUGAAAUCUCCAUGACACCCAAGUGGAGCGCGAAAGGGUGGAGACUUCAAGUGCCAAAGGGCAAAGACUUGGAGGUCCAACUUCGGUUUUAUGACGGUUUUGUCCAAGACAAAUCCCAUGAUGCUCGAUCAGUUCUGGAUGCCACGCCGAAGUCGCGUUGCAACUUUCACGUCGAGGCACAUACUUUGGAAGAGCGGUUUCCCUCUGCACACGUGUUGUCAGCUCCUAUGUUUCAACCACGGGAUGAAGCUUCUGAAGAAGAUCUAUGGGAAGAAAUUGGAGUCGUCACGCUGUCUAUUUGCUUGCCAAUCUCCUCAUACGUGGAGCUCGUCACGCCAGAAAAGUUGCAAGUGUCCUCCGGGUACCAGAGCUUUGCUGCGCUGACUCAGUUGGAAAAAUUGCGAAGCAUGAACCAGCAGGAGCGCAAAUCGCUCCAGUUUGUGGCAACGCGACUUUCUGCCAUGCAGCAGUGCCUCAAUGCUUGCAGUGCACAUCAUUCAGAGCUGUGGACAGAGCAAGAAUCGCAGCUGGCAGAAAUGAAUGAGUUGGAGCAAAAGCUCAAGCAUUUGCAAGAGCCUUACUUGACAGACUUGGACUUUGAGCUGAUGCUAUCUAUGUCUACAGGUGCCCAACAGAUCUCCCAACUCCUUCUGGGCGCCGAGCAGCGCUGGAGAAACGCCCGGGAGGAGGUGAUUGCGCGCUGGGCGGAGUACACCUCCUUGCGGGAGAAGCUGGGCGAGGUGAAACAGGUCGAGCAGCAUCUGAAGGAGUUUCAGCUGGUUCGAACGGAGCAAAGGAAGGUCAUGCUAGAGGCGUCCAAGCGUGCCAAGAUGGCACAAGAAGCGGCGGCCACUUGCACGACCCAGGCGAAGAUGAUUGAGGAGCUGAAACUGCGAUCCAAUGAAUGUUCCAGUCGCUUGAAGCCAGCGGAACUGCAGUUGAUACAUUGCAAAGAACAGCGCGUGCAUGACGUUUUGCAAGAGAAGUCUGAACAGCUCAGCCUGAUGAUCAGGCCCAGGCCAAGGGAUGAAGCCGAAGUCCCAGAGGAGUCUCGCUUGGUCGAGACGCUCGCUUCGAAGGUCUACCAACGGACGCAAAGGGUGAUGGAGCUCUUAAGUGAGGUGAGUCGCUUGCAGAGAGCCGCCGCGCCUGACGGGCCGCCCGCCCGGCGCAGCGUCCGCGUGGUGUCGGACGUGGCGCCGCGUGCGCCGCGGACGUCGGGAGAAGCUGCGCCGCUCCACGUGCGCCGCGAAAGCCCAGAUCCGGUGGAGAGCGAAGGUCGAAACGUGCUGGAUGAUGCUGUUCAGGCGAUGGUCGCUGCCCAGCUGCGCUGUGAGGACCUGGAGCGGAGGAGUGCCAGCGUGGAAGAACAGCUGCUCCGGAGGCAAGGCGGAAGCUGGGGACAAGAGUUGGGCACCCUAAAGGCGGAGCUUCAGCGCAAGACCGUCUUGCUGAGCUCCUGGGCGGCGUCGACUCGGACACCACGCGAGGGUCAGCUGGAACGCAGCUUGGGUCUUGUGACCGCUUAG